UCUGAGGUUAACAAAUUGAAAGCGAAGUAAUUUUGGGAAGGAACUUACUCAACAAUCAGAAAAGUCUGAGGACUGUUGCUUCUCUGCCCACUUUCCCAUUGGCAAUUGUUGGUAGCCUGGAGCUGGAGUUAUGAGUGUGUAUCCGCUUGAUAAUUGUCUGCACUCCUCCAAUCGGGUGAGUCUAUGCAAAUCGAGUCCCCUAAUAUGGAAAUCCGCCCCGCCCCCUCGCCCGUCGGUUUUCUCCCGGUGCUGUAACCCAUUGAUGGGGACUGGCUUGGGGAAGCAUCCUGGCUCCCGCAGUUCGCUGUGUAAUCAGACUCUCUCGCUCCAUUUCUCCCUUUCUUUCACGAUUUAUCGCGAUUCUUUUUUUGGAUUAGGCAGCAAUCCGUCCUCUUCCCCGUGUCCUUGAGAAACAGGUGAUCCAGCGGUCAGUGUUUGGAUGCUGUUGCCUCUCCGGCGUUUGCAGGAUGAUAGGACCGGGCGAGCCUGAAUGAGAGCAUAACUUUACUUUGCAAGAGGGAAAACUUUUUUUUGUUUGUUUUUUGUUUUUUGGGAAGGCCUUUUCAGCAGCUCACGUAGCCUUUAGAAGCAGAAGAAGUUGGUUUUAAAGCUGAACUUCAGUGGUUUUGGGAUCUCUGUGAGUGUGGGUGUCAAUUUCAAAGGCUGCUGUUUUUUGUUUGGGUUUUUUUGUUUUUUUUUUAAAGAAACUGUUGCCGGUUGGAAUAGACUUCUUAAAUGUUUGGGAUUCAAGAUACUUUAGGAAGAGGACCGAUUCUGAAAGAGAAAUCUCUCGCGUCUGAAAUGGAUCCCGUCAGGUCCUGGGUCAGAAAUGUUGGGGUUGUGGAUGCAAACGUAGCUGCACAAAGCGGCGUAGCUUUGUCCAGAGCCCACUUUGAAAAGCAGCCACCUUCCAACUUGAGGAAAUCCAAUUUCUUUCAUUUUGUCCUGGCUCUCUACGACAGGCAGGGGCAGCCGGUGGAAAUAGAGAGGACCGCCUUUGUGGACUUCGUAGAAAAUGAUAAAGAACAAGGCAAUGAAAAGACCAAUAACGGCACACACUACAAACUUCAACUCCUUUACAGCAAUGGUGUCAGAACUGAACAGGACCUGUUUGUUAGGCUCAUCGAUUCAGUCACGAAACAGCCCAUCACUUAUGAAGGCCAGAACAAGAAUCCAGAGAUGUGCAGAGUUCUGCUUACUCACGAAGUCAUGUGCAGCCGGUGCUGUGAAAAGAAAAGUUGCGGCAACAGAAACGAGACUCCCUCGGAUCCUGUGAUCAUCGACAGAUUCUUCUUGAAAUUUUUCCUCAAGUGCAAUCAGAAUUGUUUGAAAACAGCAGGGAACCCCAGAGACAUGAGACGUUUCCAGGUUGUGUUAUCAACAACAGUGAAUGUUGAUGGACAUGUAUUGGCAGUGUCUGACAACAUGUUUGUUCAUAACAACUCUAAACAUGGACGGAGAGCGAGGAGACUUGACCCUUCAGAAGCCACACCAUGCAUCAAAGCUAUUAGCCCAAGUGAAGGCUGGACUACAGGGGGCGCAAUGGUGAUCAUUAUAGGAGACAAUUUCUUCGAUGGGCUACAAGUUGUAUUUGGGACCAUGCUUGUAUGGAGUGAGCUUAUCACACCUCAUGCUAUUCGAGUCCAGACCCCCCCUCGUCACAUUCCUGGUGUAGUCGAAGUCACACUGUCGUAUAAAUCCAAACAGUUCUGCAAAGGAGCCCCGGGCAGGUUUAUUUACACCGCUUUAAAUGAACCCACCAUCGAUUAUGGUUUCCAGAGACUGCAAAAGGUCAUCCCGAGGCAUCCCGGUGACCCAGAGAGACUAGCCAAGGAGAUGCUGUUGAAAAGAGCUGCUGACCUAGUUGAAGCACUGUAUGGAACACCACAUAAUAACCAGGAUAUUAUUCUGAAGCGAGCUGCGGACAUAGCAGAAGCAUUGUAUAGUGUCCCAAGGAAUCCCGGCCAGAUCCCUGCUUUGUCUAGUUCUCCAGCUCACAGCAGCAUGAUGGGAAUCAACUCCUAUGGGAGCCAGUUAGGAGUCAGCAUCUCCGAGUCGACACAGGGGAACAACCAAGGUUACAUUCGUAAUACAAGCAGCAUCUCCCCUCGAGGUUACUCUUCCAGUUCAACACCUCAGCAGUCUAAUUAUAGCACCUCCAGUAAUAGCAUGAACGGCUACAGCAAUGUCCCGAUGUCUAACUUGGGAGUUCCCAGCUCACCUGGAUUCAUUAAUGGCUCUCCAACAGGAUCUCCCUAUGGAAUCAUGUCUUCAAGUCCAACAGUUGGCUCUUCCAGCGCUUCUUCCAUCCUUCCAUUCUCCUCCUCCGUCUUUCCUGCUGUCAAACAGAAGAGUGCCUUUGCCCCUGUCAUCAGGCCCCAAGGGUCUCCCUCCCCUGCCUGCUCUAGUGGCAAUGGAAAUGGGUUUAGAGCCAUGACUGGUCUUGUCGUUCCCCCGAUGUAAAAGAAGAGGACAUUUUGCUUUUUUUUUUCUUUUGUUUUUCAUUUUUCUUUUACAGCACAAAACUACUUAUUGUGAUGGACCACUUAAAAAAAGAAAAAAGCACUACAAGCUCUUUUUUGGGGGAAAGCCACGCCCGGAAAAAAUAAAAGGAACAACUGCUACAAAUCGGACAAGACAGGAGUCUGGAUCUUUUAUGCGUUCCACGUUUCCUAUGUAGCCAUGUCAACUCCUAAAACAUUGCAAACAAAGGAUCAGCCAAGAGCCAGGAUGGACAGCGGUUGGCACGAUGGGGUCAGAAACGCAAGGUCUUUUUUGACGGACAUGAAACCUUCCUAACGUUUGUAAAAUACGAAAAGGGAAAAAAAAGUUGGCAAAGGAUUCAAGCUUGAUAUUUUGGAUACUAUUUGUUUUACUUUGUAGGGGAAAAAAAGUUGAAGUUUCUAUUUUCUAUGGAGCCUUUCAGAUACCAAUUUAGUUUAUGCAGAAACAAACAAACAACAAAACAGGGUACCAGCAUGGAAGAAUUUCUAGGACAAACUGACAUGAAUGAUGGAACUUUUGGUGUAUGUGUGUGUUUACUUAUAGUUUAACCUCUUUUAAAAAAAAAGUAAGAUGUUUUACAAUUAUUUAAAUAAACUUGUAACUUAUUGUAUGUAGAGGUAGCAAUUAAGACCUUUUUUGGACUUUUUCCUCCUGUUGUACAAUGAAGAAAAAAAAGAUGCAAAAACGUAGUGACAAGUUUAAGAGACUUACUCUUAUUGCUGCCGUUGCUCUUCUCUUCUCUCCCUCGCCCCCUGUUGAGCCAUGUGCAAGGAUGUGUAGGGUUCUUUCUGAUUAACGCAUCACAAACUUUUAUACGCAUUGCAGUAUAUAUAUAAGCCAGUAGUUAAUGUAAGAAUUUUAUCAACAUCUUUUCCCUCCUUCUCCAUCUUUUGCUUCACUUAAGAUUUUCAGGUACUGGGGUAAGGUGGUUAGUUUCAAAGACCCUAUUGGUAAAUGAAUGGCUUCUAAGUGUUUGAACAAAUCAGGUUUUCAUGUGAUGAGGAGUUUAUUUUUCAAAUUUUCACAUGAACAGGAGGGGGAUCGGAAAGGUUCUCUAAAUGAUUGUUUUCCACGAAGUUAUGGCAGACUUACAAAAUAGGAUUACAUUUUAUAUUAAGGGUGCAGUCAUAAAGGGUUACAUAAUAACAACAAUGAAUAAUACCACCUAACUCUGUUAUAGCACUUUUCAUCAGUAAAUUGGAAAAUGCUUCUUCAUCUUUAAUGUAUUUAAUGAGUAAUACGUUUCAGUAAAGGGUCAUUCAAUUGUUGUGCAAGCCAAUAGGUUAUUUAUGCCAUCUUCCACUGAUGUUCUUAUAACUAGAGCUAGUUGUAGUCAAACAACGCUAAGUAUUUUUAAUGGGAAAAAACCCACCAGAUUUGUUUGGGUCAAAAUUUUCAGCAUUUCAACGAAGAAAGAAACAUUUUACUUGUUUCGUUUUCCAUUUUCUGUUUGCAAAUGGAAAAAAGAAGGAAACACAAGGGGAGGGGAAAAAGCCACACCAAUGAGAAUUUUUUGGUUUCCUGAUGAAAAAUGAAAAAACAAUCAAGAAAAUUGCCAUUUAGUUGAAAAGCCAUUUUUCAUCGAAAAGUUUUCAACCAGCUCUCCUUAGGAGUGUCUUUAACAUACACUAGGUAUGGUUGGAACAUUCUUAUUACAUCUAUUAAGAAUGUAUUUAACUAUUUACAAAUGCACCCUUAAGAUAAAGCAACACCCAAAAUUCGAUUUGCCCAUUCGCCAAGGAGAGUCAUUGUGUUUGAUGGGUGAGUAAAUUAUUAGUUUAUUCUGUGAUCAUUUAAUAUGGUAGAAGCGGAGUGAGUCAACAUUCAUGACACUUUGGCAGUGCUGAGCUAAUGUGCAUUUCUAUGUUGGGAGUGGAUUAGUAAUAGGCUAUAAAGCCUCAAAUCUAGCCCAGGUUAUUUGUGACUGAAAGAUGCUGUGUCCCCUAACUUCACAGAUCUUCGUCUAGUCUCUAGUGGACAGGUGUUUCCAUCUCAAGAACCAGCAUCAUAGGACCAUAGCCUUACAAGCAGACACCUGGGUAACUUAACUUAUGUAAACAAUCCCAAUGGAGUCAAUGGGAUGGAUUAGUUACAGUUCUGAUCCUGCAUUGCACUGCACCAGAGUUGAUCCCGCUCGAGGCUCUGUCUUCAUGGCGUGUAGUGCAGGAUCAGGGCUUAUGUGAGAAAUUUUACUCAAUCUGCCUGUUUGCAGGAUCUGGCUCUUAAUCAGCUCCCAGCUCAGCAGAGAAGCCAAGGAAACUCAAAUGAUCCCAGUGGGAUAUAACUGUGAGGCAGGCAAGGGAGACGCUUGUGUUGCUACUGACCAUGCUGUGGCUGUUUGAUAGAUGAUCAAUUAGGUGCUUUUUUUCACUGGCAUGAAAUCCACUUUGAAAAGGGUUUUAUUUGCUUUUAAAAUCAACACCCCAAUUUAAAGAGCAGCAUAAGUGGCAAUUAAGUGUACCCUGCAGAGGAGAAUUGGUUGGGGAUAUUUGGUGUUCCAGGAGCAGAAUCAUGAAUAUGGAGUGAACCAAAGUCUUCUAGUUAGACUAGAUAAAACGUCUGAAUUCCAGAGAAGGUAAAAUAAGAUAAAACUUACCAUUAACUGUGUUUGUGAGAAUUAAUGCCUCUGCAGAUCCUUUGUGCGCCCUUAGCACCAUCUGGGAGUGAACGGGUGACUCUUCUUGAAAUCAAAUGAUCUGCAGAAGAAGGUGAAAGGACCUUACGUGGUAAGGAGUCUUGAAUGAAAGUCUGUACUAUUAUAAAUUCACCGAGAUUCACCCUCAAUCUGACUAACCUGAUGACUGUUAUAUAGCACAAAUAAUCUAAUAUUUUUUAUAUACUCAGAGAUCUCAGUAUCAUAAUGAGACUAGAAGGCCACAAAUUGAUGUUUGAGGCUCCCUUGUCUAUACAGAAAAUUUGCAUUGAGAGCUAUAAGAACUGGAAUCAAGACUCCCAUUGACUUCAGUGAAUCAGGCCCUACGUUGCCAAGAGAUGGACGAAACUCACUGGGGUAUUUUUCACCCCUCACUGUCCACCUGUCAUUCUGGGCCUCUCCCAUAAAUGCUGAAGCAUCUCAUGUUUUCCAUUCUUUGCCACUGAAGCAGUCCAUUUGCUCCAUGAAGUGCAUAAAGAUGUGUGUCCCUGUUUUCGCCUCUCCAAUGAUUCCCAUUGGUUACCUUCAAAUACUGGUAUCUCUGCUGUCAAAAGGAGAUGGAGUCAGUCUUAGAACUUCUGUGCACAAAGAAAAUCCUGGAUAUGGAUUUCUAGACCAUAUGUUGGGAAGCAGCUGCUUGCUAGUUAGAGCUACUGAAAUUUUUUAAUUAAAUAAUUUCAUCUAUUGCUCAAAACUUUUCAUUGGAAACAUUUCAUGAAAAUACUAGCCUGCUAAUUGUUCAAACUGUGCUUUUUUGAUUGGUCAUCUUAGAUAUAUUGAAAAAAAUCCUGCCAGUUUUGAAAAGAGAAAAAGAAAAUCAGACCAUUAAAACAAACGCUUCUAAAAUUUUCAAAAUUCCUGUGGCAUUUUAAAAAAAAAAGGUAUUUUGAUUAACUCUAUUUGCUAGUCACCCUCUACUUGGAAAGUCAGGAGUACAAUUUAGACCUAAAGAAAACCCACCUAGAAGACUCUCUCAAGUACCUAGAGAAAGAGAAAUAUGAAUGUAGCUGCCCACAGAGUGAACAAAAAGGACGUCUUAGCUUGACUUGAGCUGACCAAAAGUAAUGAAAUUAACAUAGCCAUGAUUUAGAAUAUGAAUUUUGCUCAUGCAUAGAAAGCAUCUUGUUCAACUUGUUGGCAGCUUUACGUGGAAAAACAUGUGUAAAUAAAAACAACCAGAAAUCCUUGAUCACGAAACAAGGACUUUGGCAGUGGCAAAAAGUAAAAAAAAUUAAUGUGUAAAUUUGUGUGUAAGGAUUUUUUUUUUUUAAAAAAGGAAAAAACUAAUCAGUCCUUUUUUUAGUCAUUGCUGUUUAAGAAUUCUCUACCAAGUUUCCUUUUUGACACUAGAAAGACAAGUGUUGCGAUAGGUAGUUACAAAUUUUAUCAUAACUUUGAAAGAGUAAUGUUUUAUUUCAUUAUUUAUCUUGUUAUAGCAUCUUUAUUCUCCCUAUUUCUUUGCACAUUUUCAAUAUGCAUGGUUUUAAAAGACCGUUCUCUCCCUUUUGUAAAAUAAUUUCUCCCAAUUGUAUAGUUCAUUUAUUUUGUA